AAUAGCCGUCUGGUGAUCCAGAUUCAUCAAAGCUGCACCAAAGCUGCACCGUGAUGGACAACGCAAGGCCGCUAGCAAGAUUAACGGUCUUGCCUCCCCAUGCCGUACCGACUUCCCUUCCCUGGCACUUCCUGGACCCUUCAUACCCUUGCCAGAUUGGACAGCCAGGAAACAGCCCACCCGCCAAGACAAAAGAAAAAAAUGGAAGCGGUGGUGACUUGGGGUCCGGCUCUGUCUGGCUCUCACGCUCUUAAGACGGGAUCAGAUAUCUAACCACUAGGGUGCCAUCCACAGCUUGGCCUCUUCUGACUUUCCCUUUCUUCCUUCCCAAACCUCGCCCGCCUCGUGCCAUCUCCUUUUACUGCUUCAUAUAAAACCGUUGCAUACAUUGCAUCACGGUACCGAGAGAGUAUCGUUUGGCUGCGUGACAAGAGAAGCAGAACGACCGAGACUCCUCAAAGUACCCUCCAGUGCCCCACCUGCUCGACCACCCAGCUCUGCUUGAACCAGUGCAGUUUCCGUUUGCGAACCAUCUGAGAGCUUUCCCCCCUCCAACAGGCAACAUCAACAUACAUUCAAAUUGUUCAUAUUCUCAUCCAUCAACAAGCUCAGCAUAACACACAUCCAUUGUCAAAACCUUUGCCGGGACGAGACCCAGUAGCCACAGCUUAAAAUCACAACAAAUCAACUCGACGCCAUUUGCGGCGAAGCUCACCGAGCAAGCACCUUCUUCACCACCUCCUGGAAGCAAGUUCCCGUUGCUUGCCUGGUGCCGUCAGCAGCACCAGUCCAAGUGGGAACAUCUCACCAACCGAGUUUUCCAACAGCUCUAUGCAAGUUGUUGUUGUUGGAUAGCCUCUGCUGGCCUCUCCGUGAGGCCGCUCAAGCACUGGCAUAGCACCCGUCUACCCAGACUCUCCCACACGCACAUAUCCGACCUACGAUGGCCGGUAAAACAUUCAAAAAAAAUGUUGCCGGAUUGAUCUCCUCCUCCAAGGCGGCGAAGAGCCCCGACUCGGAUGUCUCGCCGCGCACAACCACAACCACUACCACCACCUCUAAAGCUCCCACCGACUAUUUCGCCGCCAACAUAAGCCCCCCGCAGUCUCCUCAGACAUCGCCCGGCGCAACCAUACCGUUCCCACCACUGGCGACGGCGUCAUCGGGCGCUAGUACCAACACCUUGACGUCGUCGUCCAACUCGGCAGAGGACGGUGUGGAUGAUUUGCGACAAGCCUCGAAUGCUAGCAGCAACCGGCCGGGUGUCGCAUCUAGAAAAUCCUCGACGGCCUCUGUCACAUUCCGUCCUCCUCGAAAUCCAAGCCUCCCGCAAGGCGCGCACCGGAAAACGGAUAUAAAAACGAGACUCCGGGAGGCGUCGCCCGAACCUGUGAAGUUUCGAUCGCAUGUCGGUUUUGACAACCUUCCGGUCGGCGAAGCGACAAAGAACAAUCCAGCGUCAUUGACACUUCACGCCAAACAUGACGGCUACCAAGCAUCACGCCGGUCCCGCACCUUUAUGGUUGGCCUUGAUGAGCACUCCUAUUCCGACUAUGCGCUGGUCUGGUUGCUCACCAACAUGGUUGACGACGGCGAUGAGGUGAUCUGUGUGAGGGUGGUAGAAACCCCCUUUCGGGUCGACAAGAACUACAAGGAGGACGCAGAAAAGCUACUCCAAUCGAUUCAGGAAAAGAACGAACACAACAGGGCCAUCAAACUGGUCCUCGAAUAUGCUGUAGGCAAACUCCACGACACUUUCCAGCAGCUACUUAGCAUGUACAACCCCUCCAUGUUGGUGGUUGGCACCAAGGGCCGCUCGAUGGGUGGUAUUCAGGGUCUGGUCAAUACGCGCAACUCUUUCUCCAAAUACUGCCUUCAGUACAUCCCUAUUCCGGUUGUGGUGGUUAGGCCCGACGAAAAACGAGCCAAGAAGAAGGAGAAGCGGUCCCACGACCCGAGUCGACAGAGCUAUGCGCAGAUGCUGGCUUAUAACUCUGGAAAACACGAGGCGGAUAGCGAGACGAGCAGUAUCUACGAGCUGGAGAAGGCCAUCUCGGCCGACGAGGAAGCCCACCGGGUGGCAGCAGCCAUUGGCCUGCCGGCCAGGUUCGACCCCACGAUAAAGCCGUACAACCCCAAGGGGUCCAACUCUCGCCGAUCAUCCCCGUCGGCGCUAGCCACCCCUUCGUCUGCCGGAACUGCGUCGGUUUCACCAAGCCCAGCAGCACCGGCCAACGAAAGUGACAACGACGACAAUGAGGACGACGAUAACAAUGAUGAUAGCGGGGACGAUGACGAUGACUUCGAGGUGGAGGCUGUCUCGUCAACGCCGCACUUGAAUGGGGCGCGAAAGCAGACAGAAAUCAUCAAGGAACAGGAGCAGAAGAAACGACUACACGAUAUGGAAGUAGGCGAGGCUGCGGCUUUAUUGAAGUCUACAAAGGUGGAUGAAGAAGACGACGACGAUGAGUCCCAGGAUAGGACCAGUGGAUGAUAUUGAUUUCGCUCGUUUUUCUUUCUCUCUUUUUGGGUGGAUUUUGGCUUUUAUCACACGGCAAGGUGUUGGGGCGCAAUUGAAACUGAAUAAGGAAACGGGAGAGGCUGUUUUUCUUCUCUUUCGAAUCAAAACUUCAGGUCUGGAUUGGGCUCCAACAAAACAUGACAGUAGCGGAAAUUUGCUCUACCUAAGGCUUUGGCACUUUUACACGAGAUGAGUGGAGGGAAGUUGGGGAGUUGAGAUGCGUUAUAGAAAGUACACAGUGAGAUAUUGGCGAGAAGGGGUGGGUGCUUGAUGGAUGGGAUGUCCAAAGCAGGAAGAGAGAAGCGCUUUAACUGUAUCCGUAACUUGUAUAUUACUAUCAAUGGGCUGGCAGAACUCCAGCGAUCCUCUAGGUCCUGGUGUAUAUAUAAUAGCUAUUAAUCUUUUCUCUCUUGGUUGUUGUUUCUGUUUGAAUGUCC